GCCAUUUCUGAAAUUCCUAGUUUUUGUUUUUUGAAUAGCAAACCCUUGUGCUUUAAAAAUUACCCAACUCCUUUUUUUCUUUUCUUUUGAAUAGCACCAUAAAAUUGCCUUCAAUGCUAUCACAAAUUGAAAAGUAUAAAUUAAAGGGCUGAAAAUACAAUAUACGUGUGUAUUCUGCAGAUGGUAGGGGUGGGUUUUCAGCCUUUGUCAGAGGGAUGGUGAAGGCGAGUUUUUGUCAGCCUGAUCAAGAAAUUAAACUCUUUUAGCCAGUUAAAAGUACAAGAAUCUUCAAAGAGCAAUGGACCUCAAGCCUUUCAAGCUAGACAUAGAUGAGCUUAUAAAUGAUUUUGUGAAGGGCGGAUCAACUACUUUUGCAGAAUUCAAGAGAAUUUGGCUUUCUAAAAAAUUCUCUUAUAUGUUUGAGGCUAGCCCAUCAACCAAUCAGGGUUGCUUUAUGCAGUCAUUAUAUGCACAUUGCAUCGGCUAUAUGAUGCUAACUGGUUCUCUUCCAAAUAGAGUGGGAGGGCUGUAUUGUUUGUACUGCCUUUACGAGACUCAGCCAUUCAAGCCACCUUUCAAAAUUUACUUAUCUCUUGGAGACUUGAAAAGGAUUAAGAAUCUCGUUGUAGACACAAAGAUGAGAGAUAUAAAAGUUGUUUCUAUUUUGGUCAAGAGAAUGCUAGAGAGAAAUGUGUUUCUUUUUGGUUCUGUGGAUGCCAAUGAAGGCUCUGCAACAGAGAGAAUAAAUGAACUCACAGAAAUACAGAAUGCUCGUGUCCAAACAGCAUAUAAGAUGUUAUUUGCAAAAACAAGGCUUGAGCAAUUCAUCCACAUGGACUUGGGAACGGAACUUGAUGUUGAUUUGAUCAAGAAAAAAGCAGCAGAAUAUGCAGUCGCCAAGGAUCUUUCCAUCAGAGAGGCCAGCAAGGACAUAGACGUACAAAAUGUAAAGCACAUAGCAGAAAACAAUAUAUCGAUUGGAGACACAAUGGAGAAGAUUGCUGAAGAUUGGAAUUUUCAGAAAGAAUCAUUCUAUCAGCAAACAGGAUUUGGUCAUCAACCUGCUGCAGAACCUUCACAAAAUAAAGAGACUGAAUUCUUUGAACGGCGAAGUUCUAACCAGAAAAUCAACCAAAAUGAAGUCUUCGAAUAUACUGACAGUCGAGAAGGCAACGAGAAGUUUGAAGGACGGGAACACAAUGAUGACUUUGGUAAUGAACUCGAAAACCUGUUAUCUCAACCUUUUGAAAGUGACAAUGAAGAAACUGAGGAUAAUGAGCACUGGGAUGAAGAUGAGGAUGAGAAGUUAGAAGAAUAGAGAAAAAGGGCUAGGAGCCCGUACUAAUUAAACAAAGAAAAAGAAAACGUACAUCUUAUGUUAUAAUUUUAGGAGUUUUUGUUUUCUCUGAAAAACAAUGUGUAAACCCCACCUCCCACCCCCCCAAACUAGUCAUCCCAGUCGCAGAUUCAUCAGAUCUGGUGGUGGGUCGAGAAUGAGUGGAUUCCUUGAUCGUGGCGUUAGAGCUUGGGGCUGGCAGGGAAUGAGAGUCACGGUCGUGGAAAUCAGGCAAAGAACGAUUGUAACCCGGUAUUUUCCCAAAAAAUAUUGGCACUAUGGUACUUUCUAAAUUCUUGUUUGAAAAUAGUCCAUUCGUAAAAAGAUCCCAGAAAAAAAGAAGGAACUUGAAGGGAUUUUUACAA